CGUAACUAUCGUAGUUCUCUCUCGCUCGUCGACGCAGACGCACAAAUAAUACACAAGAUGGAGCUAAAUCUGCUGGGCAGAAUAUUUGUGCUGUUCGCGGCGGCGCACUACGGGGGCGCCACCGACCUGCAUAGAAGUAUUAGACAAGCGCCAGGCAGUAUAUUCACCGUGGGCAACGGGGAGCCGUGCCUGGGGUCUGAUAGGACCACGGGGGGCGUCUGUCUGUCAAGGAACCAGUGUAACACUCAGGGAGGGAAGGCGGUCGGCUUCUGUGGGGUCUUCGCUACGUGUUGUUCUUUAAACGCGUGUGACGUCAGAACCAACACGAAGGUGGCCGUAUUCAUAAACCCGCCUCUAACCCGAGAGUCCUCAGGCUUGGAGUGCUCUUACAAUGUAGAAAUCAACAACAACAACGUUUGCCAGAUGAGGAUUGACUUCGAAACCUUUAAUUUGGCGCCUCCAUCUACCGUAGAACCAGUAGAGAAUGUAACCCAGCGCCCCGGCUUCACUUGCCGCAAUGACAUCUUCCAAAUCACCAACUUGCAAGCCAACUCCGACGUCUUGCCGUCCCUUUGCGGUGACAACAAUGGACAGCACUUAUACGUCCGCGUGAACGCGUCCACCAACAGCCGCUCCAUCCGCAUCAACUUCAAGAUCGCAGACCGCAGCACGCAGCCCAACCUGCCUCAAGCCACGUGGAAGAUCAAGGUGACCCAGCUGGAGUGCUUCAACACUCUGGGAAAAUACCGCGACGGCAUCUUCGAGGCGAUCACCUCCUCUCUGCCCUCCACGCCCCUCACCUCAUCCGCUGACAGAGACGAGUACCUCAUUGCGCCCCCCGGCUGCCUGCAGUUCUACCCAGACCGCGCGGGCACAUUCGAAUCGUUCAACUACAACCGAGGUUCGGGCCCGUACAUUGCCAACCUGGCUUACGCCUCGUGCUUCAAAAGAACACCUGAUGUUUGUGGUAUCAAGCUAACAUCAGCGAGCUUCGAGAUGGCCUACCGUCAAGAAGAGAACCUGUACCUCGACACGGACUGCCAGAUCAACCCGGUGACCCAGGGCGCCACGCAGUCCGAGGACUACCUCUUCAUACCUGAGGCCGAGACCACGGACGGCCUGAGAGGCUCCAAGUUCUGCGGGACUAGCGCUUCUAACCAGAUUAUUGCUUCAACACCACCAGGCCCGCUCUACGUACACUUCCACAGCGACAAUCUGGUGACCGACGACAUCGCAGAAUCCGGCUACAGAUUCAACUACAACGUAUUGAACAACUGCUACCUCAAAAAGUAGACAAUGUACCUGAGACAGCUGUCAAAAACGUCAAACUUUCGUCUUUUCUGGUGCUUUUCAGCAAUUUUCAUGACUAAACGUAAAAUUUUUAGUAUUUUCUGAAAUUUUCCAGUUGUUUUCAUGAAUAGAUCGAUAAUUAAUUUUUUUGUAACCCCU